UCUUUCAUGCCUCACCUACAAGCAGGUAUUCCUCCUCUCCACAGCUGUUCCAAGUUAGAGAUUGGAUCUUGAAGGCAGUCCUCCCCUACCUCCAUCACCAGUUAAGACUUCCAGAUUUUCCUUAAGGCAAGAGCUAAGAAAAGUAGACUAGUUCUUAGCCAAGCCACCCCACCCUCUUGCCACAGUUAUAACCUGGAUGUGAAAUAGGGCCUCUAGUUUGAGUUUUUGCCAUCUAUUAGGAAGAAAGCAUACAGUUUGCCUGAUUCUUAAAAGGCGAAAGAUGGCGCGAGUAGCAUAAAUUGACAAAAUAAUCCAGGGCGCAAAUAUAUUCCUGGAUGAUUUGGAAUUAAAAGCUCAAAAAGUGUGGGUGGGCCAGGAACAGCAACACACAUGAGCUAACUAGUCCUCUGCUAGCAAGUGCCAGCAGCUAAGGCCAGUGAAGGCAUAGCAAGUUGCAGGGUCUUUAGAGCAGGAAGAAUAUCUAGGAGAGGACAGACAGAACAGACGUGUUGGGAUGGAAAUUGCUGGAACUUAAGGCUCCUCGGCUCUUUUGAGGCAGACAAUCUGAGUGCAUUUCCUUUGCUUGUGGCAGAAAAGCACUGCCCUGAACCCCACCUUUGCUGGCAGAAGUAAGAAGGGUUUACAUUUUUGUAUCUAUACCUCCUUUAACGAAAGCUUACCCUGGGUUGGAAGAGUGGGAGACACCCGACACAGAGCGAGGAGCUUGGGGAAGUGGACACCCUCAUAGUCGUGGAAAUGAGCAAGGAUGUUAACAUAAAUCCCAAAUCCAUUCUUCUGUGAUGUUACUUCCUUUCUCUUCGGUCUUGAUAAUAAUAUAAGCAGAAGCUGCGGGCUCCGGGUAGGGCUGCGGGGUCUCGGCGCCUUUUCCAGGACGGAGCGUCUCCUUUAAUGGGCGGGGCCGGAACUGGCCGAGGGUCCCCGGCUUUGUGCGUGUCGGGGGCGGAGUUUGAAGAAGGCCUUUGCAGCAUGGCCGCCGGCACUGCAGCUGCCUUAGCGUUUUUGAGUCAGGAAAGCCGAACGCGGGCCGGGGGUGUAGGGGGCCUACGGGUCCCGGCCCCGGUCACUAUGGACAGUUUUUUCUUCGGCUGUGAGCUCUCCGGCCACACCCGCUCCUUCACCUUUAAGGUAGAGGAAGAGGAUGAUGCGGAGCACGUGCUGGCACUAACCAUGCUCUGCCUCACCGAGGGAGCCAAAGACGAGUGUAAUGUGGUAGAAGUUGUGGCCCGGAACCAUGACCAUCAGGAGAUCGCAGUCCCUGUGGCCAACCUCAAGCUGUCCUGCCAACCCAUGCUCAGUCUGGAUGACUUCCAGCUCCAACCACCUGUAACCUUCCGCCUGAAGUCGGGCUCUGGCCCUGUGCGGAUCACUGGGCGGCACCAGAUUGUUACGAUGAGCAAUGAUGUUUCUGAGGAGGAGAGCGAGGAAGAGGAAGAGGACAGUGAUGAGGAAGAAGCUGAGCUGUGCCCCAUCCUUCCUGCCAAAAAGCAGGGGGGCAGGCCCUAGCCCUCCUUGGUCAGCUCCAUGCGCCAUGCACCGCCAUGCACCCUGUUCCCCUACAAGUUUCAACAAUUGUAAAUGUUUCUUCCUUGAAGAGGAGAGCUUGGGUGGGGGUUGGGUGGGAGGGACGUGGGUCUUUGGUGCUAGGCGAGGGCCUGUGCUCCACACAGCCCUGGUUUUCUGAUCUUGCACCAUGCCCGGGGCCUCUCUUCCCACCUGCCUGUGAGGAUUGGAGGUUAGUGCCUGAAGCUCAGAACUACACAUUUUUAAUAGUUUUUACAUUUUUGGAUAAAGGUUGAAAUAAAGUGGUGUGGAGUUUUUGCA